AUGACUCAAGACUUCAUAGUGGGGAAAGACGGGUACGAAGGCGGCGAAGAAGUCUGGGAAUGCUCCCAGGAUCUGGUGGACUAUAUUCGGCAAGCCGGCAAUGAUAUAACACGAUCCUUAUGUAGCGACCAAGAUGGCGAACCGCUACGAAUUUUGGAGUUGGGAUGCGGACACGCCAAGCCCUCGUGGGCCCUUGUUUCAGAGCUGGAUAAACUUGGCGUUCUUUGGACGUUGACCUUGCAGGAUUUGGAUGCGCCGUCGCUAGAGAAAGCGCGUGAAACUUUCGCACAAUACCGCAAUUUGGAUCGCGUCCAAUUCGUUGAGGGAGAAUGGUCUCAACUAGGCGACACUCAACUAGCUAGCACGCCCUAUGACAUUGUCCUCAUGUCGGAAACGUUGUACCGCGCCUCUAUAUUCCCUGUUCUCAGCCGGCUGUUGCGACAGGUGCUGGCCCCGCAAUCUGGCUUGUGCCUGUCCGCCCAGAAGCGAUUCUACUUCGGUCUAGACGGGGGGAGCCUUCCGUUUCUGCUGUACACAAAGGAGAACGGCUGCGGCCUUAGCUGUCGGCUCGUUAAAGACCUACAGGACGGACGCAGCAACAUCAGGGACAUCAUGGCCAUAACGUCUGCAUCAACUUCGCCAUAG